CUGAGCUUCUUCACUCCCGCCGGUUAACUGCUUCGCUGGUCAUGAUUUGAGCCCUUGCGGUCGCCAAACUCACCCCGAGUCACUCCUUGGCCUUCCUGAUCGCUGUCGCUACUCCCUUCACUCCCCAAUUAUCUAUCUGUCCUGGGGCUCGCUCGAGUCACUCCCUCCCUUCCACCCACCCACUUGGUCUUCUCGUCUGGUGCUGCGAGAUCCGGUGCCGCCUCUUCGAUGGAAUAUGGGUCCUGAUCAACAUGCUCAAUUGGAUGGCUUCAGUCUCUUCCUCCCCUUUCCCUAUCGCGUGGCGGUGAUAUUGCUGGCUGGUUUCUGGGGUUGGGGUGCCAAUCUGCAGUACCUCCUAAAGGCGAACAUUGAUGUUCCUGCCCUCAUUAAAUACCCGGCCCGUCAAUCCUCCAGCCAACGCCCUCACCAUGCCUCGACGUACCAGCUUGCCACUCUUCUGACCAUCCCGCUCGCCAUCUCCCUCCUCGUUUUCUGGCCGGUCACUCAUGGCUCUGCACAACGGGUUGAAUCGGUGGAAUUUAUCCCACAAUCAUACUUUUUCAUAGGACUUUUCAUUCUUCUCUUGCCUUUUUACCGGAUCGCGCGCUCGGGCCGAUAUCGGUUCUUCAUGACCCUGAAGCGCAUCAGUCUCGGAGGUUUGGCGGAAGCGCAAGAUGGCAAGUUCGGGGAUAUUCUGCUGGCGGAUGCCUUGACAAGUUAUGCCAGGGUUCUUGCAGACCUGGUGGUCACCUUCUGCAUGUUCUUCACCACGGAUAUCUCCAGUACAUCUAAACCGACCCGCAAGUGUCGUCAAAAUGACUACGUCGUUCCCUUAAUCAUCGCCCUCCCCAGUAUGAUUCGACUGCGUCAAUGUUUGAUCGAAUACCUACGAGUGCGUCGGGCUGGUCCCAGGAGCCAUGGAUUGGGUGGCCAGCACUUGGCCAACGCCUUGAAAUAUGCCACCGCAUUUCCCGUGAUCAUCCUUGCCUCUCAGUUGAAGCAUUACAGCCCCCUAGACUUCUAUGGCUACAGUGAGAUGAGCCUCUCGCGGCUUUUGUUCUUCUUCAUGUUCAUCAACUCCGGAUAUUCCUUCUACUGGGAUAUAACCAAGGAUUGGGACUUAACUCUCCUCACCCCGGCACGCCAUAGCCACGAAUACCCGUACGGAUUGCGCCGCCAUCGUUACUUCACCGAUCGGCAGUACUACAUCGCGAUUGCGGCCGAUCUAGCUAUUCGUUUCUCCUGGCUCUCUAGAUACGUGCCCGGGUUUCUCUGGUUGAGUGACACAGAGUUCGGACUCUUUGUUCUCAUGUUCCUCGAGGUUGCACGUCGGUGGAUGUGGAAUUUUCUCCGCAUCGAGACCGAGUGGAUCCGGAACAGCCGUGGUCCCGCCCCGGACGAUAUCCUGCUUGGCGAGUUCGGCGGCAAACUGGACGCCGACUAAAAUCGCAGUCUUCCGCAUCUUCUCGAGAAUUCUGCCGUUUCUAUAGAUUGACAUGAUUUGUACCCACAUGUAGCCAGCAUUCAUUGUUAUUGUGUUAACUACAUCUUUUGUACCCACUGCUGUUGUUUUUGGCGUCUGUAUCAUAUGGGCAGGAGUGCUGUAGAGCUGUGUCGUAUGCACCAACG